AAUUGCAUCCGAAUGUCUUCUGACAAUGAUGAGCAUACUUAGUUUAUUGAAUGUUUAUCUGUCAUCUGUUUUUAUCAGUGUAAUCAUGGUCCUUUUAAUUUUCCUAUAUUUUAUAAACCACUCGAAUUCAUUCCACACUUGUACAGAGAUUAUUGUUCAACACAUUCAACUGUUGCAUGAUAUCGGCAUCUUUACGUCCGAAAUUACUGAUCGUCUAAAAAUUGUAAUAUGAAGAUCGAGACGACAAUUUUCAUCCUGGUUUCCCUCCUUGGCUCCCUUUAUGCAGUUCCCAUCGGAAAAUCGAACAGAACACAAGAGGGAACGCUUGGGGAGGCAAGGUUGAUUUUGCCUCAGAUGGACAACGACGGUCUCCCCCUGGUCCCAGUUCGGGACGCCCUCGAGCUCAGGCUGUUGACGAGCUUUGGAGGUUUCACGCAGCUUGAAGGCGUGGGUGGGUGGGAGUCAGACGGAAGCGGAGGAGGAAGGGAGCUUCACCACGAGGCCGUCUGGGUUUACGACAUUGCCACCACGAACGACGCUACGGCGGAAAUCCUACUGAAAGACAUUGCCUUGUGGCUCAAAAAGCAAGCCAGGCAACAUUCCGUCUACUUGAGAUUGCCCAGUGGGGAAAUUGUAUUCGUGUGACGAAUCAAUUAUUUCUAAAUAAUUGUUUUUAUUGAAACAUAGCACUAAAUAAAUGCAUGCAUAUCCUUAUUCA